AUGUGGGACUACAAAUCGCGCCGAAUCUUGAUCCUACUGGACAAUAUCUACAACUUUGAUAAGACUGGCUUUGCAAUGGGCCUUUGUGAAUAUCAGAAACCUAUCUACGAGCUUAAAUCAGCAUAUAACCAGGUUGAGGGCAUGGCCGAUAACCAAGAUCCAGGCCAUAGCCUGUCACAACAAUCAGAAACAGUUUUCGAGCAGCAGGACUAG